AAUUGCCUAUGAGACAAAGCUGUCAGGUAGGAUUGAGUAUGAGCAUAAUAAGAAAAUCAGUUACACUUGUGGGAGGAAGGCAAACAGAAACACUCAGUCUGCGUGAACGGAAAGUGGGAGCCCGAGGUGACCUGCACAGAAGCACCACGAUGUCCACCUCCACCUCAGAUUCCCAAUUCUCAACAUAUGGCCCUUUCAGUGAAUUUUCAAGAAGGAGAAAAAAUAUCUAUUCUCUGUCAAGAAAACUUUCUAAUGCACGAAGGAGAGGAAAUCGUGUGCCAGGAUGGACGAUGGCAGUCAAUACCGCGCUGUGUCGAAAACACGCUGUGUUCUCAACCGCCUCAUGUAGAACAUGGAAGCAUUAAUGCAUCCAGAUCUUCAGAAGAUGAAAGAGAAACAUUGGAACCCAGGCUAUAUGCGCACGGCACCACAUUAAGUUAUAUUUGUAAGGAUGGUUUCAAAUUAUCCAAAGAAGAUGGGAUAACAUGCCACCGGGGACAAUGGAGUGCUCCACCACAGUGUGUAGAAAUAAUGUGUCCUAGCCCACCCAGCUAUGGCAAUGCCAUCCUCACAGGCCGGAAGAAGAACUCAUACAAGUCAGGAGAACAAGUGGCUUCUGGAUGUCCAGACUAUUACCAAAUGUAUGGAUCCAAUUUUGUAGAGUGUAGGGAUGGCAUAUGGAUAGGAACACCCACAUGCAAAGACCUCUCCUGUGGCAGCCCUCCCUCAGUGCAAAAUGCCUUCAUACCAAACCAGAGGACUAGGUAUCGACAUGGGGACACAGCACGUAUGAAUGCAGGCAGCCUUUGGGCCUCUUCGGGAAAGCAGAAGUGACAUGCUUAAGAGGGAAGUGGACAGACCCACCUGAGUGCAAGGAGUCCACAGGACAAUGUGGGCGCCCUCCUGCUAUUCACAAUGGAGAUGUUACCACAUAUAUAUCACCAUUCUACGCUUCGGGGUCUUCAGUGGAGUAUCAAUGCCAGGCCUUCUAUGAACUUGAGGGAAACAGGAGAAUAACGUGCCAUGAUGGACAGUGGUCUGAGCCACCCAAAUGCUUAGGGUGUAGCUCACUUGUAUUCAUUAAUCAGAAUUCCUGUUAAAUGGCAUGUGGGAGAUGUCAUUGUAAUCUGAGACCAACGGACCACUUCUCAUAAGCAUCUCAUUAAAAGGUGACAAACCAACAUGCUACG